UCUUUUGCUCUUUCUCGCUGUCAUCGUUUUGUUAAUCGCGCCCUCUCCCGCCUUCUUUAUUUUCACGUUUUCAUUCCGUCCGCGCGCUACGAGGGCGGCGAGGGAGCAUGCAGUCACUCGACCGCGUGCGAAGACCGUCGGCGCGGCCGUGAGCGCUCCUCCAGCCACCACCGGCGGCGACGCACAUGCUCUGAGGCAUCCCCACCGACGGUCUCCGAGGACGCCAUGCCCUGGUAGACGUGGCUGACGGACGCUGCCACGGCCAUGCCUCGGUUACGGACGACGCUCUCGCUGUCCGCCGUGUUCCUGGCGCUGGUGCCGUGCCCGUCGUCUUCGAGCCCGUUGACGCCGGCGUGUGGAGAGACGCGCGAGGGCGCCGAGAAGGGCAUUGUGCGGCCACCCCAGUUCCCCGCCGGUACGGACGUGGUCAACUGCAGCUGGUUCUUCAGGGCCGCUCCGGGUUUCAAGCUCCUGGUGCGUGUGGACAACGCCGAGUUCGCAUCGGCCCAGCUGCGCGCGUCCGUCCUGCGGCUCAGCGUGGACGGCCAGGUGCUGGAGAUAAGCCGCAACUGCGUCGACUGCCUCGAAUCCCUCGUUGCCGGGCGGGAACUCCUGGUGCAGUUCGUGUCCACUAAAGCGGCCGACGCGUCGAAGGACGGCGGCACGGGAUCCUUUCAGAUACGCUACAAGGCGUUCAAUCCCGGCCAGUGCGAGCGACCCCGGAGCCCCAACCAGGGCUACGUGUUCGGCAGGGAUUGGCGGCUGGGCCGCGAAGUGAGUUACCACUGCAACCCGCCGUACGACCUCCUGGGCAGUUCUUCGGCGCGCUGCAUCGUCCCGGAGCAGCGGUUCGUUCCGGAAUGGAGCAGCCUGCCCCCUCGCUGCGCGCUCAGCGACUGCCGCAAGGGACCCGUCCACAGGACCGCGGGUGCGGGGGCCAUCGCCAGUCCCGGCUUCGCGGAGCAGCGGCUGCCGGCCAACCGCAAGUGCCAGUGGGAGAUCCAAGCCGAGGCCGGGCACCAGGUGAAGGCGGCCUUCACGAGGCUGCGGCUGCCCGAGCACCGCCUCGGCGGGGAGGCACCACACCUGUACCUCUUCGAUGGUGACGAGAACACGCCGCUGGCCAAUCUUAGUGCCGUCCAGAUUGAGGAGGGCGAGAGCCCGCUGAACGUCACCACCGUCUCCAGCAAGCUGCUCGUGGUCCUGCUCACCGGCACCAGGCUCGAGGAAGACGCUGUUAUGUACAUGGAGUACGCCGCCAAUCCGAGCACGUGCCCCGACCCGGGCCGGCCCGACAACGGGGAGCUGGUGGCGUAUAGCCUGGCCGUCGGCUCCAGCGUGGGCUUCCGCUGCAGGCCCGGCUACGUGCUGGACGGGGACUCCCGCGCCGAGUGCCUGCCAACGGGCACCUGGAGCGCGUCCAGGCCCAAGUGCCUGCUGGAGGCGGGCCACGGAGACCACCAAGACGUGGCCGUGGACGUGCACGUCGAGGACGUGGGCCAGGAAGACCUCAUCGGUAUCCUGGGCGGCACGCCGGCGCCCUUGGGCGGACCGCGGGGUCUUACGCCGCCUCCCGUGGAGGUGACGACGACGUCGGCCCCUCCUCGGGAUGUGCCUGAAGUGGCCCAGGCGAAGCCGUCCAGGGCUAAGCACACGCCCGUGUUGAAGGCGUCUUGGUCGACUACGACGACGACGUCGACGACGGCUUCGCCUACACCACCAAGGGCACCUGCGGAGUCGUCCGAAGAGGCUCUUGACCCGGUGGCUCACGUGUCCGGUCUCAAGCCUGCGCUGAAAGAAGAGAGGGGGCGCUGGAGGACCCAGCAGCAGGACGUCCACUCGCACGGCGGCCACAGGAAGGAGCCCGGCGCGGCACCCCGGAAGCCCUCGGCCCACCUGGACCCGAGGCCGGUGGACGACGACGGCGACGACGAGGAGUCGCGUGGCGAGCCUUCCCAGCCAUCCACGUCGCGUGACCACCAGGGCCGGGACGGCGUGCACCGCGACGAGGGCGACUUCACGGACGGCCUCACGGUCACCAUGGUAGCCGUGAUCGUGGCCGUCACGGCGCCGCUGGCCAUCGCCUUCCUGCUCCUCAUCGUCCUGGUCAUCUACAGGAGGAAGUACCCGGUCCGUAUGGGCUUCGGCCGCAAGUUCUCCACCUUCGAGAACCCCAUGUACGUGAAGAAAGACGCCCAGGACCCCAGGGAACUGGCCAGGCUCUCCGCGGCUGACAAGGACCGCUUCUGAGCCACGCGGGGGCCGGAGGCGAUGCUAUGCCCCGGGGACUGGAAAGCCAGGCUGUGGCCCACUCGAGGACGUGUCCCUGGAAGCACCGACGGUCGUGCCUGUUUUGCGAAACAUUGCAAAUGUGCUCGUACACUCGUUGGGGUCCAAAGAAGAUUACGUGGUCUUCGAUUCGCAAAUGUUAUGGAUGUCCCUGCGAGGUGAAGAAAAGACGGAUGCUAGAUCUACUUUAACGUCUUUUUCUUUCGGACAACUUCCAAACUUCUGGGUGAUUCUCGGUGUUGCCGAUGAAAAUGAGCUGUCCAGAUGUCACAGCGCUCAUCUACUUAUCGGCGAGGUCAUGUUUAAAGCCCCCAAACCGGCUUUGCGAUAUCCAGUCCUAAGCAAUCUGGAGCUCCGUUGCUCCAAGCAGCUUAAUUUUGAGCCAUUUACACUUUUUUUUUUUUAAUUGUGCCGCAGUCCGAGGACGCAAACUCGGACUGAGCUACGUCUGAAGUAUUAGCCCAUUUACAGUUUGUCUCGCAGCGUCACUUUGACACAACGAGGCAUAUUCGAUAGCUUGCGUGUUCGAUGCCCUCUUGGCGCCUAUGCCUCUCGUAUGAAACCGUUUGUUGGCAUUGCCAUUUGCCACAGAGAUCCGGUCGUUGCCAAAGGUCGAGCCUGUUUUCGCUCUUUUGUUUUGUCGCGGUUUUUACGAAUUUUCGUUGAAAUCCCAUUAUGAAAGUUGCUCCCGUAUUGGUGCGUUUUAUAUAUUUGAAGCGGAGCCUCUUUUUGUCGCGAGGUACGCCUCCAUCCCCCGCAUAAUAUGUUUUAGCGGCGUUUUUAACGUGUCACACGCAGCUGUUACUUUAAAAGAAUCUCUUUACGAGGUGAUUGUUUAUUGGUUCUUGAUUUGUUUUAUGUUGGCCAGUUUACACGUUGAUGUGUCUCUUACUCUUUCUGCGUGUGUAUAAACCUGAAAUAUACGUGUUGUCUAGUC